AUGGCAAAGAACAUCAACUCCGUUAGCUUCACCAUCCUCUUCGUUGUCCUCUUGAUGGCUUCCACCGAAAUCUUGAAGAGCGAUGCUGCAUGCUUCGCGUUCUUAGGCGAGUGCGGAUCAGUGCCAUUCACAGGUUCAAAUGCUGAUUGCAAAGCUUGUUGUGAAGCCAAAUUUGGGAAUCCUCCAGUCUGUGCUGGACGUGUUGAACUUGAGGGAGGCGUGCCUCACUGCCAUUGCUAUGGCUCGUCUUGA